CUCAUUCACAAGUUAUAGACGGUAAGAUCAAUUCGUUGCUUUUGAAAUGUAUGAGUAACUGUAAUCCAAUCAAGUCAAUUCUCCAAUACAACGACCUGCAUAAUUCAUACAAUCAUCCACAAUUUCCAUACGAAGCUCACGAACGAAUCAGUGUGAUCAUAUUGUUGCGCAAAACUCAUGAGAUUGACCAGUACAGUCGCUAUCAUUCACUUGCUCGCUUUCCCAUACACUAG